AUGCGUUUCUCUCUUACUGCUGCUUUCAUUGGCGCUGCUGCCUUGAUCUCUUCUGUCUCUGCUGAUCUCUACAACCGCCUUGAUUUGAGUGAUAGUGUCUUCUUGUUUGUUGAUCACCAAACUGGUCUUUUCAACUUGGUUCAAGACUACAAUCCUGACACUUACCUCAACAAUGUUAUGGGUCUUGCUGAAACUGCUAAAUACUUUAAUGCUACCACUAUUCUCACUACUUCUCGUGAAGAUGGCCCUAAUGGUCCUAUGCUUCCUGCAAUUAAGACUUUGUUCCCCAACGCUCCUUACAUUGCUCGUCCUGGUCAAAUCAAUGCUUGGGAUGAUGAAGAUUUUGUCAAGGCCAUCAAGAAGACUGGCAAGAAGCAAUUGAUCGUCUCUGGUAUUGUUACUGAUGUUUGUGUGACCUUUGUUGCUCUUUCUGCUAGAAAAGCUGGUUAUGAAGUCUUUGUUGUUACUGAUGCCUCUGGUACCUUCUCUGAAGCUGUGCGCGAUGCUUCUUGGUUGAGAAUGCAACAAGCUGGCGUUCAACUCAUGAACUGGUUCGGUGUUGCUUGUGAAUUGGGUCGUGACUGGCGCAGAGACAUUGAAGGUAUGGCAGCCUUGUUUGCUAAGCGUUUGCCUAGUUAUGCUCAUGUCAUGGACUCCUACAAUGGUGCCCAAGCUGCUCUUAAGGCUCAAUAG